UUCAUUUCCUAUCAAUUUACAAAAGUUUCUUGGUAAUCUAUUAUUGAUCAUUAUAUUAUACGGAUAAACCGUGUCUUCAUUCAUUUAUUUUUAGAAAUAAAUUCGAUUUGAAUUCACUCCGUUAUAUAUGAACAUAGAUGCAUAGAUACAUAUAGACGCAUAUAUAUGCACCCGCACACGUACAUGCACGCACGCACGCACGCACACAUAUACACACAUACACGUACACAGCAGAUACAUCUCUCUGUUGUUUUCUUGAAUCAAAAUGUCUCAACGUUUCUACGAGCGUAACCUAACGCUCACCGUUCUCGAAGAUGACGUAAAAGAAAGUUCUGGUUCGUAUCUCGCUUCGUAAGGCACCAAGCUGUUUCGUCGACGAUGGAGUGAGUUCUACAUUUAGAUCCAUAGUCCGUUUCGGUUGCAACGUAUGAAAGGAUAUUUGUUUUUCAUGCGUAGAAAAUUCAUAGAGGAUUGCUUGGACGCACACAAUCGUUACCGAGCCAUUCAUGGAUCUGAACCACUUCAAAUUUUACCAAAGCUGAACAAAUAUGCUAACGUAUGGGCGACUUAUUUGGCGAAAAAAGGUGACACCACACGAAGAAAAACAUUACAUUACGGAGAGAAUGUAUACGUUGCUUUCAUCGGGGACGUUAGUAGCUCAGGACCCGUCGUCGAAGCUGUUGACUCUUGGUAUCAGGAAAAUAAAUAUUACGAAUACGAAGAAUCCCAAGUAAAUUUAAAGGCGGUACGUCAUUUUACACAGCUGGUAUGGAAGGAAACGAAAUUUAUGGGAUUUGGAAUGGUCACUUCUCCGACCGGACAGAUCUAUAUUGUCUGCAACUACGAUCCUCCUGGCAACGUAGAAAAGAAAUUUGCUGAAAAUGUGUUACCACCGAAGGAACAGGAGGAACAAGAGGAGAAGAAGGAGGAGGAGGAGGAGGAGAAGGAGGAGGUAAGUCGUUGAGAUUCCCUUUCGUAAACGAGUCUUCAUAAAAUACACGUGUGAGCCAUGUGCUUUGUGUACUACGAGCAUCCUUCCUUACUAUUACCUUUUUUCUAUUUUUCUUCUCUCUCUCUCUCUCUCUCUCUCUCUCUCUCUCUCUCUCUCUCUCACGUUAUUCCUACUUUCAGAGUCGCUUCGCGAAAAGAAGUUUCAGGAUGGCCCGUUAAAGUAGCCACAGUAUGUUACUUUCACCUAGCGUAUGUAUGUACAUACGUGAAAAUAAAAUUACGUGAUAUAUAUCACAUAUAUACAUGCACACAUACAUAUAUGUAUGUAUCUAUGUAUGUAUCACCUUAUUCCCGUGGAUAUAUAUUUUUCUACUUAUUUAGCGACAAUUUUCAUCCUUCUGCAUUGCGGUACAUAGGGAUACAUAAUUCUUUUAAUUUUCUCUAACGCAUACUGCAUCGUUUAUUAUUACGGUAUAUAUUUUAUAACGUGUAUGUUCUUUUUGAGAAAUAAUGGAAAGAAAGAAAAAGAAAAAAGAAAAAAGGAUAGAACAACUUAAUCAACGUUACGACGUUAAUGAUUGUUCAUAUUUCUCAGGUGAUAUAAACAACGAUAAUAUAAUGUAUAUAUAUAUAUAUAUUUUUUUUUCUUUUUAUUUCGAAUAUUUUCUUUCGCAUUACUUUUCGUACGUAUUAUAAUUACGUAACGUAUGUCGUUUUAUAUACGUAUAUACAUGUCGAUUAAUAUAUUCGUCUUUUUUUAAUACGUAUUAAUACGUGCUUACGUGUGUUUAAUGAUUAAUAUAUUCGUCUUUUUUUAAUACGUAUUAAUAUGUCCUUACGUAUGUUUAAUGAUCUAUAUAUGUAUAUUCGUCGAUAUAUCGUCGUCCAUAGAAAUAUUAAUUAUGAUAAAUGAAAAAGGAAAAAUUCUUACGUAAUAGAAAAGAAUUUUGUCUAUUUUAAAAAUUUAACGAAAUAAUAGAAUUUUCCAAUGAAAUCAGACGAAAUAGUUGGAAAAUUUAUU